CGCCGAGGACCAGCGGCAGCAGCAGCAGCGGCGCCGUCGCGGCCAUGGGCGCCGCCAGCAGCGAGCGCAGCAGCGGGCGCCUCGCUGAUACGCGGCCGCCGCCCGUCGGCGCGCUCGAGGACGGCAGCGGCGAGGUCACGCUCGUCGUGUACAGCGUCUUCAUGGCCGCCACGUCGCUGCUGCUGCUGCUCCUCGCACACGUGCACCAGGUGCACUCGGGCAGCAGCGCCGCCGACGGCGCCGCGCCCGCCUUUGCGCUGGCAUCGCCGCGCACCUGGCUCGCCGGCCUGCUCGCGGCCGUGGCGCGCCUGCACGGGCUUGUCGCAUCGGCGGCGGCGCUGCUGGCGGCCAUCGACAUUCGCACGCUGCUGUGCACUGCCGCCGGGCUGGUCACGAUCCUGAGCAUCGCGUACUGGACCAACCCAAGCGACGCCUCCUUCCGCACCUACCUCGCCGACCUCUCGCUGCGCCAGCACCUGCGCCAGCUGCACGAGGACGCCGUGCCGCCGCAGCUGGCCGGCAAGGAGGCCGGCGCCGCCGAGCUCGACGCGCUCAGCCUCGGAGGCGCGGAGCCGGAGCGCUACGCCUCGCCGCACGUGCUGACGUUUGCGAACCGCAUCUCCAUCUCGCUGCGCACGCCGCCGUACUGCCGCCGCGACCUGGGCCUCUUCAGCGUCGUCUCCGUCACGCACGUGCUCACCGACGGGCAGCGCGGCGGCAGCACGUUCAGCUCGCGGCGCCCGGCGCCCGACGGCAAGGUCGACUGCGCGCACUGCGGCACCAUGCACGCGCCCGGCUCGCAGCGCUCCUGGUUCAUCGGCGCCUUUGGCCGCUGGUUCGGCGGCACGCUUAGCUGUGCGUUUGAGGCGCGCGCCGAGCGCCACGUGGCCGCAGAGAGCGCGGCGGGAGCGGCAGCGGCGCGGCCGUACGGCGUGCUCUCGCUGAGCUGCCAGGACGACGCAGCCACGGACAACCCCGCCGCGAGCAGUGCGGACGGCAAGGAUGACAGUGUCGACGACCACGCAGGCGACGCCCAGAGUGCCGCGCACGGCGACGCCUCUGCCGCCACGUCUGCGACCCGCACAACUAAUGCCGGCGCCGCGUCUGCGGCGCCGGCCGAGAGCGACGCGGCGCCCUCGUCCGCGCUGGCUGCGCUCAAAAGCAAGCUCAGCACCUCGUCGUCGGCCGUGUCUGAGCUGCAGCAGCAGCUCGAGCAGCUGCACACGUCGUCGGACUCGACGCGCGUGCAGCUGCAGACGCAGCUCGACGAGCUGCGCGCGCGCAAGCGCGAAGACGACGCGGCGCGCAUCGACCUGCGCGGGCGCAUGAAGAGCCUCGACGAGAGCAAGCGACACGCCGAGGGCUCGCGCCGCGAGGCCGAGCGGCGCCUCAAGGCCGCGACGAGCCUGCGCGAGGCCAUCGAAGGGCGCAUCGAGAGCAAGGGCCGCGAGAUGGAGGCGCUGCGCGAGCGCGAGAUCGCCAGCGCCCAGCGCGUAGAGACGAGCAAGGAGCACCGCGUGCAGCGCAGCAAAGAGAUCGAGGAAGAGAUGCGCGCCAAGCACGAGGCAGAGACGGCGCUCGGCGAGGAGAUCGAGCAGCUCAACGCCAAGCUGGUGGCGCUCGAGGAGCGCAUCCUUGAAGAGGAUGCCAAUCUCGAAGCCACGCGCGAGCUCGCCGCCGAGCGCUACCGGUCCAUGCUGCACGAGGCCUCGCUCGAGGCUGCGGCCAACCAGCAGCACGCUGCACUGGCAGGCCCGCUCGGACAGCACAUGCACGGCGCGCCGCCGUCCGGCCACCUGUCGCACCUGGCGCCGUCGCACCAGUACGCGCCGCAGCAGCAGGUGCCGCACCGCAUGUACCCGCUGCUCUCUGGCCCUGGCGACGGCACGCAGCUGCGCGACAGCGAGCCGUUCGGCCCACAGACAUUCGACGCCGGCUGGGGUACGAAUGGCGCGGACAUGUACGGCAUGCCCAGCGACAUGCACGGCCUUGCGCCGCCGCGUCUCGUCGUCUCGAACGGCCGCGAGGCCGGCUUCGAUCCGACGUUCGACCCCACUCGCUCCCUCGCCCAUCGCAGCUCCGACGCCGACGCCGAGUUCCUGCCGUUCUUCCCCGACGACAAGGCGGAGGAGCGGCGCAUCUCGAACGCCGGAGCGGACGCCUCGCUGCUGUCAACGCGCCGCGGGGCGCCUGGCCAGAUGACGCUGCCGCCCUCGAACCUGCUGCCGCGCACGCCGCCGCCACGCGGCUUCCAGCCCAACGGCCCGCAGACGCCCUUCACGCCGCUCUCGCCCUUCUCGACGGACCUGCUGCCGAGCAAUCUGUUCCUCAACACCGACGACGAUGCCGGCCACGUAGGCAUCCUGCCGGGCACGCGCUCGGAGCGCGUCGAGGCGGCGCUGGGGCGCUUCGGCCUCGACACGUCGGACACGUCGGAUAUGGAGGGCGGCGGCGGCUCGGACGCGGACACUAUCGACGAGGCUGCCGAGCUGGAGCUCGGCGGCCCGCUCGAGGGGCUCGAGGCCGGCCAGACGCUCGCCGCAGGCGCUGGACAGUCAGACGCCGACGACCCGCAGACGGCCAAGGGGUCGCGCCGGUCGUGGUGGGGCGGCAAGGCGCGCACGCCGAGCAAGGAGGCGAGCGCUGCGGCUCCGGCCGAGGACGCCGAGGCCAGCAGCGACGCCGCCUCGGCAGAGCUCGACGCGUCGUCGAAGCGCCGCUCGCUCUCGCUCUUCCCCAAGCUGUCGCUGAACCCGGGCGCCAAGGCAUUCCGCAGCUCGUCGCGCAAGCAGGCCGCCGGCGGCGCCGUGCCGAUGCGCGGCCCGCUCGACUCGUGGCCCGUCGGCAGCCAGCCGGCGGUGCCGUCGGACUACGAGGCGGUGCGCCGCGCCUUCGACACGACCGUUGGCGCCGACGAGGAGCAGGGCCGCCGCUCGUGGAGCGCGUUCGACACGUGGGCGCACCAGGGCCAAGUCGCGCAGCACGAGCAGCAGCAGCAGCGAGCGAUCCCGGCGCAGCAGCAGGCGGCGCAUGCCCGCUUCGGCCGUGGGCCCUUCCCGCGCCACCCGUACCUGGCGGGGCAGAGUGGCCUGGGGCCGGGCGGCAUGCGCUCGAGCUCCGACUCGCUGCCGCACGCCGCAAGCGCGGCGGCGAGCCGCGAGUGGCCGGGCAGCGGCGACGACGUGUUCAACCCGAUCGCGCGCACGACGUCGCACCCGGGCUCGAGCGUGGCGUCGAGCUCGCCGUCGAACAGCGAGAUGCGCAGCAGCCGCCUGCGCUCCUUCUUCCGCGCCGCCGACGGCAGCAAGGCCGCCGCUGCGCCCAAGACGUUCGAGGCGCCCGAGAUGCUUACCCCGCCUGCCUCCGCCGGCGCCUCCCACGGCGACGCGGACGCAGACGAGGCGGGCGUGUCGGCGGCGUCGCCCAAGUCGAAGCGCUCGGCGUUCCGCUGGUAA